AAUGAAAAUAAUUGGAGAUUAGCUUAAAAAAAAAAAAAGGUUCCAUCUGGGUGGGUCUGUUGAGAAAACGAAAGAUUGCAACUUGGAAGAAGAGAGAAAAUUUCCUUUACUGACUGAAUGGGGAAAGAGGAAGAUCAUAUAGAACCCAGGGUUUCUUUGAUCUUGAAGGAAAUCGGGCGUGUUCGUUUGGGGGAAACAUGUACAUCGAAGAACUGAAGGAGGGAGGCGACGAGAGUAUUAUUAGCCAAAACGAUUCAAUAGGGAUUGUGUCAUGUACAAGUAGUGAUUUGGGUGUUUGGAAUGCAAAACGUGCUCUUGUUGGAGCUGGCGGUCGCGCACUCUUCUACCCAACCUUGAUAUACAACGUUCUCAGGAACAUGGUUCAGUCAGAAUUCCGAUGGUGGGAUCUAGUCGAUGAGUACGUUUUGCUUGGUGCUGUGCCUUUCCCCACUCAUGUUCCACUUCUCAAGGAACUUGGUGUUUAUGGCGUGGUUACCCUCAACGAGCCUUUUGAGACUUUGGUUCCCUCAUCUCUCUAUCAUGCUCACGGUAUCAAGCAUCUAGUGAUUCCUACGAGAGAUUAUCUCUUUGCUCCAUCAAUCGCUGAUAUUUGCCGAGCUGUUGAUUUUAUUCACGAGACUGCGUCAAGUGGCAAGACUACUUAUGUUCACUGCAAGGCUGGCCGGGGACGCAGUACCACCAUUGUUCUCUGUUACCUGGUGAAAUACAGGGAAAUGACACCUGAGCGUGCUUAUGAGUACAUUCGGUCCAUCAGGCCGCGGGUCUUACUUGGUACUGCUCAGUGGAAGGCUGUGAAGGAGUUCUACGGUUCCAGAAUUGGAAGGAACGCAAAAGAAAAUAACAUGAUUGUGAAGCAAACAAGCUUAGCAAUUGCGGCUGAGAAACAGUUGUUCUCAGCUUUUGAUGAUGGGUCAGUGGUGGUGGUAACUCAGUCCGAUCUGACUGGGUAUGAUGAGCCUCAAAUCAUAGGCAGGGAUGCUUCAUGCGUGGAUGUGCUACCAGAGCUGAGUUUAGCUUGCAAGGUCCAAUAUGCAAGCCAAGCUGCAUUUGCUAGGAUCUCAUGCUUAUGGCUUAAAUCACCAAGGAGACAAGUCCUUGUUGAUCAGUUGCAAAGUCUUGGUGUCAACAUCAAAGUCUGUUAAGCUUCAGACACUGGUGGCAAGUGAGAAGUAGAGAGGUGAUGCUCAUCUUGAGGCAAAUGUACUUGUAUCCAUUGUACAGAACACUGAUUUUCAUUUACAAUGGCAAAUUGUGUUAAGAUGACUCCUCCUUUUUUACUCAAAACGUACCAAGACUUCUGCUUCUGAGGCCAGCUAUCAAGUAUCCAUCCACCAAGGCUUGGGGCAACGUAACUUGAAAAAAUAGGAGAAGGAAGUGGGCUGAGAUAAAAUUCUCUUAGGUUAUUAGCAUUUAGUGGAAAACUGAAGCUAUAAAUAAACUUUGCCGAAAAAGAAUAAACCAUUUCAUAUGUA